AGUUGGAAGUACCAUCUUGAUUCGGUCCAAGGCGAGUCCGGGGUGCUUGGGUUGUGAUCUGGUACAUGGCAACCGCAGCUCCUCUUUAUUACAACUACCUGGCGCCAGAACGAGACGUCGACUAAAUAUUGGCCUAGCGAGCACUUUCCCAGGACGACGCGACUAUCAUUUUAAUACUGCUCACUGUUGCUCGACCAACAGUGUCCCUUGGCAAUUUGCCUACCACACCUUUUUAGAACCAUUCGACAGUCGGCUCGGUAGACUGCCGGGGCUUGUAGGCUCUAGCAGCACCGAUGUAUGUCCGCGACGCUGGCGGAUCCGUACCGAGACUAUGCCAUUGACUACUCUCAACAUGCUAGCUGCAAACCUGAGGAACAUGAAGGCACGCUCGUCUAUCACCCCCAGCAGCCACACAUUCAACACGCGAAACAAGCAGACGCUUCGUUCACAUCUGAAAACUCGGGCGCAGCGUUCGAGCAGCACCAUGCGAAUGCGACCGUGCUUCCAACCGCGACACCACAGUCCGCAGUCCCCAAUAUCUCGCAAGCAGUUGUCCUCAACCAGGCUCAAAUGCUACCCCGUCAGCUCCCGGUGCAGUACACCACUGCCAACUUUGACAUCGCGUCGUCCGUCCAGCGUGGCAAGAAGAGACCUCAUUCCGAAACCGAGCCAGAGGGUGGUAACACAGACCAUGGAAUCAGACAGUUACCAGUCCUUCCACCAGAUGCGCCCGAGGAAGCAACCCAUUCUCCCGAAAUGCUCUUCUCCGUGCAUGGGGAUUCCUCGCAGCACCAUCAUCCAAUGCCAGGCCACAGCUUUGGGCCAACGGACCAUAUGGGCCUACCGCAACAUCACCACCACCACCAUCUCCCCCCUCACACCUCGAUUCGCGCUACAGAGCGGCAUGGUAUGAAUAUAGAGACAUCGCCGCUGCCGUCUGGCCCACCGAGUGUCGUGGGUCAACCGGGGAUGCCUGACCCGGCGCCUCGACCGCGCGGCCCCAAACUUAAGUUUACUCCGGAGGAAGAUGCUUUAUUGGUUGAAUUAAAAGAAAAUAAAAACUUGACUUGGAAGCAAAUAGCCGACUUUUUCCCUGGUCGAACAAGCGGCACGUUGCAGGUCCGCUAUUGCACCAAACUGAAGGCGAAAGAUGUGGCUUGGAGUGAUGAAAUGGUGCAACGACUGCGGCGGGCUAUCCAAGAGUACGAAAACGAUCGCUGGCGCAUAAUUGCUGGAAAAGUUGGCAAUGGGUUUACACCUGCAGCCUGUCGAGAAAGAGCAACACAGCUCUGACUAGAGUUGUUAUGCGUUAUGGAUGAUGUUAUGGAAAUUUACGGAUUGACACGCAUAUGGACACGAGCAAUUCACAUAUUCCCGUCCACCACUUCUUUUCUACCCCAUUUUCUCUUCCUUUCCUACGUAAUCACUACUUUCUUACACUCCUUCGUUCUUUUUAGCUCAUCUUUACUUAUUCUGCCCUUUGACCUACUUUUCUUGGCAGGUUGUACAAAGGGCGUACUUGGAGGACACAAGUUUUUUACUAGCAAUGGCUCUAGACCGGAUGGCAGGCGUGAAGUUAUUGUAUGAUAUCUGUUAGCCUUGUGGAAUCCUAAAUGUCAUGGGCUGGUACUCUAUCAAACCCUUUAAUGAUCUGACGAUAGCUGAUACUAAUUGAUAGCACGUGAAGACGGCUGGCAUGAUGGAUGCAUAUGAA